AUGUCAAUUGGUCCUAACGAGGCCAGAGGCGGAAAUGGCAUGCGUAGAAGAGCACCGUCUGCCAUCCCGUCCUUGGACCCUCGCGCUAAUAAUUUUUUAGGCGAUUUAAUUGACGUAGAACAAGUGGGUGAAGUUGAAGUAGAAGACGAAGUGACAGUGCCAAGUGUGUUGUCGGCGGAACGUCGAGCCUAUGCAGAGAUCGAGAGGAUGCGGCAGCAACGGGAUAUUGAGAGGCAGCAACGUGAGAGGGAGAGGCAGGAAGAAACGGUUCGGCGUCAACGGCAGGAACGCCACCAGCAGCGGGAUCGUGAUGAUCGCCUUCGACGAGAGCAAGAGGAAGCCGACCGUCGCGAACGUAGGAGUCGUUCGAGGGAAGAACGUCGUAACCGCGACGCACGUCCCAGAUCCAAGUCCAGGUCCCCUCACCGCUCUAAUUCAACCAAACUGGUCCAGACGCCCUUAGUUCCGGUGCCUCCUGUCACAAGAAAUGCACUUCCACCGUCGCCGCCGCCGCCGACCGCCGGGCCAUCAGAAAGACCUCAGCAUCCAAGGAAAGUCCUGGUCUCAAAAAAAGAUUCGAGAAACUUCGCUGACUGGCUCAACAAGAGCGUCAUGCCUGCCGAACUGAAGGGUUUUGCAGACAACUACCCAAUUGAGUUCGAGAAGAAAGAAUUCAGCCUGGCUCCUUCACGUCUGGAUGACUGGAUGACCAGGCGACUAAAAGAGUCCGCCGCCCACAAAGCGUCCGAAGUGGCUGACAAAACGUGGAUUUCGGUCCAGCUUAAAGUACUGGACUUGCAGGACCGCUGGUCUAUCUCCACCAGUUGA